AUGCUUCAUCAGAAAUGUGGGUCCGCAAUAAGUUUCAAACGGCUGUUAGCUGUCCGCUCUACAAGCAGAAGGCCAAAUAACCAGACCAGUUUUGACAAGAAAAUGCCUGUAAUGGGCAGAGAGAAAGCUUGGGAAAAGGCUGGCGAGGACAAGGAGGCAUGGUUUAAGAGAAAAUACGCUCAUGUUCAUGCAAAAGAAAAAGUAUUGGAGAAACAAGAUCCAUUUGGCAAGAAAAAGGCUCAUAUGGAGAAGUUGAACAGGAUUCAGAACGACAUGAAAAGUGAUCAAAAAGAGCACAAAAGUCGAUUUGUAAAACGUAGUGCUACACAGGGACUACAAGUAAAUCCUCUGCUGGAGUACGUUUGCGGAACGAAUGCUGUGUUAGCUGCAUUGCUCGGCAACAAAAGAGAAUACUUCACAAGACUUUUAUAUUUUGGGACAUUACCGCCAGAAAUACAAAAAUUGGCAAAAGAGAAAACCAUUCGGACAGAACCUACAGACAAGCAUAGACUGAAUCUUUUAACCAAUUAUUCUGUGCAUAACAAUGUUGCUCUUGAAACAAAACCUUUACAACCAACAGAGAUAUCACAUUUGCAACUUUGUAAUCCAGAAAGUGCCGAAUUUCACUUUAGCGAGCUUCUGUUUGAAGGUGAACUCAAAGCUCGACAGUCGUCAUAUAUUAGCAAUGCACAAAAAAAGUUCCCGUUGGGUGUCUAUUUGGAUGAGGUUAUGGAUCCCCAUAAUAUUGGUGCCAUCAUUAGAAGUGCAUAUUUUUUGGGUGCCGACUUUAUAGUCAUGUCGAGAAAAAAUUGUGCACCAUUGUCUCCUACAGUUUCAAAAACCAGCAGUGGUGCGCUAGAGUUGAUGCCAAUAUACUAUGUUGACAGGCCUCUGAGUUUUUUUUCUAAAUCCCAAGAAGAGGGCGGAUGGAUGUUUGUUACAAGUUGUUUGACAAGCGCAAAUGCCAAAGACCAAAAAUACAUGGGAGGUAAAACUUUAUCGUUGGACGAUUUACGUGGUAUGUGUAAUAAACUGCCCGUUGUAUUGGUAGUGGGAAAUGAAUGCAACGGAGUAAGAACUAAUCUUAGAAUGAGAAGUGAUUUUUUUGUAGAGAUACCCUAUGGCAGAGCAACAGACGAAAUAACCUCGCCAGUUGAUUCCUUGAAUGUAAGCGUUGCAACAGCUUUACUUCUGAAUAGUUUGCUCACCAACUAG